AUGCAGAUCUUCGUGAAGACCCUGACGGGCAAGACCAUCACGCUCGAAGUCGAGAGCAGUGACACCAUCGACAACGUCAAGUCCAAGAUCCAGGACAAGGAGGGCAUUCCCCCGGACCAACAGCGCCUGAUCUUCGCCGGAAAGCAACUCGAGGAUGGCCGCACUCUGUCCGACUACAACAUCCAGAAGGAGUCAACCCUCCACUUGGUCCUCCGUCUCCGUGGUGGUAUCAUUGAGCCUUCGCUGAAGGCGCUUGCCUCCAAGUACAACUGCGACAAGAUGAUCUGCCGCAAGUGCUACGCACGUCUGCCACCGAGGGCUGUCAACUGCCGCAAGAAGAAGUGCGGUCACACCAACCAGCUCCGCCCCAAGAAGAAGUUGAAGUAA